CAGCGACUCACGUCUAACGACCUCCGUGGUACGGUUUGCUUUCAGGGCUUCAAACGUCAUCAACUACGUCAUCGACACGAGCCUCGAUAUGCGCUUCACAAAAAGUGAAUGGAUUACUCAACACACGCUUCGAAGAAUCGGCUCGUUGGAUACAUCAGUUGAAGAAGCGACAGCCUGCGAGGGAGCAGUUAGCAUCAGAGCUAACUGAGAAGCUAACGGCCAGAGAAGUUUCCUGUUAGAGGAAAAGGGAAAAAGUGACUUCUCAUUGAGAACACUGGACACUUAUUGGACUCUGGGCUGUUUGGAGGCUUUUCCCCGAGGAACAAAAGCUAAUAUGACCGGUUCUUGCUGAUCAAUGUGCCAGUGGCCAAGAGAGGAACUUCAUUAUUAACCUGAAGGAACCAAACACCAAAGACAUGAAAGAGGAAGAACCAGAACCUCAAGGAAUUAAAGAAGAACAGCUUGGACUGUGUAUCUUUCCAGAUGAAAAGCAACUUGUUAAGCAGGAGACAGAAACCUUUGUAGGGUUUUCUGCUUGUGAUGAACUAUUUCAAGUUAAUCCUGAACUGCAACAGAUGAACGUGACAAAGGAGGACCCAGAACCUGUAGAGAUUAAAGAGGAACAUGGGGAUCUCUGGAGUAAUGAGGAUGAGGAGCAGCUUGUGGUGAAGCAGGAGGCUGGCACCUUUAAGGUGACUCCUCUGGAUUUAAAACAUGACACAAAUGAACCAGAAGAGAAAAUGAACCAACUUGUCAAUGCAGACUCCCAUGAAGGUGAGAAGCAGCAUCAGCAGGAUAAUAAUCACGAAGAGUCAGGAUCAAACAGAGAUGAAGAGCUAAAGCGUAAAAAGAAACGAGAGAAAACCAAAGAUGCUAGUCAUGUUUCAAAAGUAAAAAGACAUAAGGCCAAUAAACCUUGUGAAGCAUGUGGUAAAUGUUUCUCCAAGUGUAGCUGUUUGACUAAUCAAAUUAGAGCAAUUACAGGCCAGAAAUCUUUCCUGUGUGUGCUUUGUGGAAAAGGAUUCCAUAGUCAAAGUUAUUUGAGUAUCCACAUGCGAGCCCACACAGGGGAGAAGCCUUUUUCCUGUCCAACUUGUACAAAAGGUUUUUCCAGUAAAAGUAACCUGAGUAUUCACAUAAGAACUCAUACGGGUGAGAAACCAUAUGCAUGUGAAAUGUGUGAUAAAUCUUUCAGCGUUGGUAGUUAUCUGGCUUGUCACAUGAGAAUGCACACAGGUGAAAAACCUUUCUCUUGUCCAACUUGCUCAAAAACGUUUUCUCGUAAAAAUAUCCUGAGUAAGCACAUAAGAACCCAUAUGGAUGAAAAGCCUUUUUCCUGUCCAACUUGUGCAAAAGGAUUUUCUCGUAAAGAAACACUGAGUAUGCACAUGCAAACACAUACGGGCGAGAAACCGUACGCUUGUGAGUUGUGUGAAAAAUCUUUCAGCGUUGGUAGUUAUCUGGCUUCUCAUAUGAAAAUGCACACAGCUGAGAAGCCUUUCUCCUGUCCAACUUGUGCAAAAGGAUUUUCUCACAAAGGUAGCCUGAGUAAGCACAUAAGAACUCAUAUGGACAAGAAGCCUUUUUCCUGUCCAACUUGUGCAAAAGGGUAUUCUAGUAAAAGUAGCCUGAGCAUGCACAUACAAAGUCAUACAGGCGAGAAGCCGUACGCGUGUGAAAUGUGUGAUAAAUCUUUCCCCAAAGGUAGCCAUCUGGCUCGUCACAUGAGCACGCACACAGGUGAGAAGCCUUUUUCCUGUCCAACUUGUGCAAAGGGGUUUUCCCAGAGAAGUAACCUGCGUAUGCACAUACAAACUCAUACAGGCGAGAAGCCAUACGCUUGUGAAAUGUGUGAUAAAUCUUUCAGCGCUGGUAGUCAUCUGGCUCAUCAUAUGAGAACCCACACAGGUGAGAAGCCACUUUCCUGUGAAGUCUGUGAAAAGUCUUUCAUUAGACGUGGUGACUUGGUAGUUCACAUCAGAACUCACACAGGUGAGAAACCUUAUUCUUGUAAAGUCUGUAAAAAGUCUUUCACUAGAAGUAGUAACUUGGCUGGUCACAUGAGAACUCACACAGGUGAGAAACCUUAUCAUUGUAAAGUGUGUAAUAAAUGUUUUACUUACUGUAGUAAUAUGAACAAACAUAUGAGAACUCACAGUUGAGAAUCUUUAUGCUUAUAAAGUGUUGUGCAAUUAUACACUGAAGUUAUUUAAUGUUUUAUAAAUAACUCUGUUAAGUAUUGUUUGGUGA